UGUCAGUGAGAGGGAAUUAACAGAGGUUAAGAAGACCGGGAACAAAUGUGAGUGAAAGGGCGGGAGACAUAAAGAGAAAAAAACGACUGUGACAGCCGGAGACAGACAGAAAGAGAGAGAGAAAGAGAGAGAGAGAGAGAGCAGGUUAAACCUGAAAGGUUAUUUUUUACAACAGCAGACCAACCGCACACUGUGUGUCGUCCUGAGAAAUCUGUGCAUGUCAGCACUGUCACAAACACAUACACACAAAACGGCAUUGAGAUCUGAAAGAUUACUGACUAGCACCCCUGCAGAUGACAUGCAGUCUCAGAAGAGAGUGGAGGUGCAUGACCAUCUAAAUGGCACACGGAUCGUAUUUUCGGAUGAGGCACUUCCCGGCAGCGGAGCACUCCAGCACUUCACGACUCCAGAUAUGACCCAGGAAGUUGUUGUCAUCUCUCCUGGUUUGCCCACCCCUCCUUUAAGUCCAUUUCAUAACAGUUACACCUCUGCGUCUUCUUUACACAAGCAGGUCGCCGAGGUCAAUGGAGGUGGAUUCCCAUCACAAAGUUUUGGAUCCUACUAUGGUCCGACUCAGACGAAUGCUGGAUUAUCAAAUGGUGGAGAGAAAGGUAGAGGUUCUGUCACGUUACCCCGGACGUCUGCCUCACGAGAGGAGCGUCUGAUCAAAUUUUCUGGAAUCGGUCCUGUAGAUGAGACUGGCAUGCCAAUCGCAUCUCGAUCUAGUGUAAACAAGCCUAAGGACUGGUACAGAAGCAUGUUUAGACAAAUCCACAAGAAACCAGAGGAGCUUGAUACUGACUGGAGAGAAAGGAAGCUGUCAUCUUCACCUCCACCAGACUCUUCCCAACAGGACGGGCGUUCAAACCCCUUCACCCUCACCCAACAUGGAGCCCUUCCCGACUGGGCUGAUCUGGACGACAUAGGGAAGCACCCACAGCCGAAAAGUAUAUUUGACUUUGAGCCUGGUAUAGGAGUGCCGGUGGAGAACCACACUCAGUCAUUAAAGUCAGAGUCACAGUCGCCCUUACAUCACCAAACACUGAAACCUCAUUCCCCAUCUAUAGAGGCGACAUUGGUUUCGGAGCUGAAUCGAUUUGAGGCGGAGCUGGACUCAGAUAUCCGUGGUCUAGAGAGGAAGUUGUCACAGAAGCAGCACCAGCGGCGAGGAAGGGGUGAGGAGACCAAACCCAACACGAAAGGACCAGAAGAGAACAGACCUGAGAACAGAUCUCCCAUAAUCCCCUGCUCCGCUGUAAAGCAGGGCACAACACCUAGCUUCAUACAUGCUUAUGAUCAAAUGACGGAUCAAAAGAUGGAUUUCCCACCUAAGAAAGACGACAGGAAGAUGAAAGCGGCGCGAGCCAAAUUUAAUUUUCAAGCACAGUCGCCAAAAGAGCUGACCUUACAGAAAGGUGAUGUAGUGUACAUACACCGGCAGGUGGACGCCAACUGGUAUGAAGGAGAGCAUCAUGGGAGAGUGGGAAUCUUUCCCACCACCUAUGUGGAGAUUAUUCCUUCAACAGAAAAACCAACUCCAAUAAAGUCGCCCACCGUCCAGGUGCUGGAAUAUGGAGAAGCAGUAGCCCUGUUCAACUUUAAUGCGGACCUACCCGUGGAGCUUCCCUUUAAAAAGGGUGAAGUCAUCUCCAUAGUCAGGCAAGUGGAUGAUCACUGGCUGGAGGGUCGUAUCGCCGGCACCAACCGCAGUGGGAUCUUUCCAAUCAACCACGUCCAGGUCAACAAACUGCCCCGCACUAAAUCCAGUGAUGAUUAUCCUUCCUCGCCUCUCUCACCCAGCGCUACCUCAGAGUCCCUCAGCCCCGGCCGGCCGCUGCACUCUCCCCUGUCUCCCUCCACACGCUCCCCUGAGUCUCCUCUUUCACCUCACAAACACUCCAGCCAAUCACGCUCCCCUCUGUCACUUGCACAGCCCACCUCCCCAAAACACUUUCUGUAUUCGCCUGCCGUCACUUCAUCCACCGCACCCACGGGCAACCGGAGCGGAUCACUGCACCCUCACAGCCCAGGCACCAGAUCACCUGUGUCAUCAUCCAAUCAUGUGCUGACAUCUCCCCAGGGUCCAGGACUGCCACUGAACAACAACUAUAACUCGCACAUCACACAGGAUGGACCCAAAACCCAAUCUCCACAGCCAAAAUCCCAGAUUAAGAUUCAUUCAACAUCACCGUCUUCUGUUUCUACAGUCAUCCCACGACAACCGUAUAAAGCAGUUUACAAUUAUAAUCCCCAGAAUCGAGACGAGCUGGAAUUGAAGGAGGGAGACAUCGUACAAGUGAUUGAGAAAUGUGAUGACGGCUGGUUUGUAGGUACGUCUGAACGGACACAUGCCUUUGGCACUUUUCCUGGCAACUAUGUGGCACCAGUUUAAGAGCUCCCACCAAUUCAUCACAGCAAUUUCCUGAUUAUUGCAUACACAGCCACUGUCACUAAAGACUCAGCCACUAUUUACUGCAAAGCCCUCUUCACAUCUAUAUAAACAAAUACGCACAAGUUUCAGUUUUUCUUCACAUCUUACACAUUAUAUACAAAGCAGGUAUGCAUGUGCACUUCUCACUGUGUUACUGUGGUACCUGUGCAACCACGGUAACACACGCAGACUUCUCCAGAUGAUGGACACAGAAGAGUUUGUCACAGUAUGAUCACUCACGAUUAGAGAAAGACUACGCGUGCUGGAUGUGUAAUGAAAUCAUUGAUGCAUGGUGCUUUGAAAAUCUUGGAUUUUUCUUUAAAAAAGCACCAAAGCCUGGCUGCUGGACUUCAAAACAACCACAAAUUGUUCGAAACAACUAUGAUUUAACAUCUUUGAAAGGUUUAUUUUCUUUUUUUUCAGAAUUGUAACAACAUUGCUCAUGAACUCUACAAAUUGUGAGGAUACAGGGCUAAUGCUUGGAUCUGACAUGGUCAAAACUGUCUCUUUUUAUUUUUCACAAUUGCGACUUUCUUUAUGUGUUUGCUGGGCUGACCACAACGUCAUAUUAAAAAAAACACUAGUGCCGUUUUUACAAUCGUUAUAUGAAAUGUCUGCAAAUGCUUCAUGCGGUUGUCUUAAAGUGUUAAAUCUGUCUGUGUAAUGUUCACGUUUAUUGUGUAACAAACUCGGCAUGCAUUUAUCCUAAAAGUAUACAAAGACAAAGAAAGUGUUGUUUAACCUCUUUUGUAUGGGUAAGUCUCCUGUUCAGUGAUAACAAUUUGGUUUAACAAUGAUCUUGGUUUAAAGUCUAAGUUUAAUCUGGUCUUGAACUCCUAUUUGGUCUUGAAUGCUUUUUCAAUCCAUAUUAAAUUAACAUUUAAUUCAACAUAUUCAUUUCUAACACUAAUUUAUGCAGGAUUAGUCCUGAUCUGAGAGAGAUUUGACUGGUAUAACUCAGGUUGUCAUUAUUGGUUAAAACGCAAGAUCCUGAGGAUUUUUCACAGUGGGUUAAAGUUGGAAGAUAUUUUUUUAAAGAUGCCAUUUUCUAAUAAUUUAAGUUUCAUAAUCAACUCAUUGUCUUGCUUUAAUUGUCUGGGAACUGAAAUAACUGAUUGCAUUUGUAUAGAUUAUCGCACAGUUAUCAAAUAUGGUGAUGAUAAAGAUAAUAUAUUUUUAUUGACCACACAAUGUAUUGCAGUAGCCUAUGUAAGGUACUCACAGUUUUGAUAAUGAUAAAUGAAAUAAAUGGUUAAAAAAUA